AUGUCUUCCUUCCAUCGGCAAAAGCGGGAGAGUAUCUCUAUCACACGUCUUCUCGGCCGCCUGGCUCACUCAAAUGCUGCCGAUAUCAGCGCGGAUGAAAUUGCGUCUACAUUCAAGCUGUUAUUGUCCCAUCAUGUAUCGCAUAUUCAAAGCGCAUCUUUUUUGUCAUUGCUUGCCUACACCGGAAAGGAUGGACAAGCCGAUAUCAUUGCAAAAUGCGCCCACUACAUGCGUGAAGCCGCUUGUCAGAUUGACCAAUCUUCGCUUCACAAUGUUGUCGAAGCGAGGGGAGAACCCAAGGGGAACUACAAUGGGGGACUUUGCGACAUUGUUGGAACUGGAGGUGACUCCCAUUCGACUUUCAAUGUCUCGACGGCUGCUUCAAUUGUUGCAUCACCGAUAUUGAUGAUGGCUAAGCAUGGAAGUCGUGCUCAUACUUCGUCCUGUGGAUCUGCAGAUCUUCUCAAGGCAAUUCAACCGAUUGCCCCGAAAAUCGACGCUAUCACCGAGAACAACAUCGUGGAGGUAUAUAAGGAAACAAACUAUGCAUUCCUGUUCGCAUCCAACUUCCACCCGGUUAUGGCACAUAUCAACCCUUUACGCAAAGCCUUAGGUAUCCGAACUAUCUUCAACCUUAUGGGACCUCUUGUUAAUCCUCUUGAAUGGGCCAUUGAAGCUCGGGUGGUUGGCGUGGCUCAUCAAAGCCUGGGUCCCGUCUUCGUGGAAGUUCUGAAAGAAGGUGGGGCCAGGAAAGCGUUGGUAGUGUGUGGCGAGGAGAAUCUAGAUGAAAUUAGCUGUGCAGGAUAUACGAACUGCUGGAGAAUCUCUGAGCAUGAAGAGAUGUCGGUUCAAGACGAUGGCUACUCUACCUCGAGCGAAGACAUUUCCCAGGCACCAGUCCAGAUCGACACAUUUCAGCUCCACCCCUCAGACUUUGGCUUAUCUACUCAUCCUCUCGCCAGUGUCUUACCAGGGGGGAAUUCUAAGGAGAACGCUAUGAAGCUAAUGAGUAUUCUGCGGGGAGAAGUCUCGCGAGACGACCCAGUAUUGGAAUUUGUGCUUAUGAAUGUGGCUGCUCUCUUGGUCAUAUCUGGUGUAUGCGAGUCUGAUACUCCUGACGCAGAGCCCAAUGGAAACGUCAUCACUGAGCGUGGACCAGGCGGAGGACGAUGGAAGGAAGGCCUACGCCGGGCUCGCUGGGCAGUUGAGAGUGGUCAAGCCCUGACGUGCCUGGAGCGUUUUAUUGAAGUUACUAAUCGCCUUUCUUCGGAAUGCCAAGGGCGAGGUUCUAUAUGGUAA